AAAAAAAAACAAGCCGCCUCCUUCCCCCCUUUUUGGCCUUGGCAAAGCAAACCAGAAAAACCACACAAAUACACAGAAGCCGCCGCCUUCCCCCCAUUUCCACAGACCUUCCAUUCUCCCCUGCUACACAGCCUCGCCAUUCCCAUAACCCCCUAAAGAGCCGCCACUCACCUUUCUUCUUACCCAUCGUCGUUCUCUCCUGACCUCCCAGCUCAACCCUCAUUUUUAUUUUGCCUUUGGACCACAACAACCGUUUCUUCCCCUGCACCCGAAGCAGCCCUCUUUGUCAACGUAGCCCCAGACCGGCCUCCAUCGAGCCCCACAGCAGCAGCAACCAUGUCCUCUCAGUAGAGACAUGACGAACACAAGAGCAAGACAUGGACGAGCAGAAGGAAACAACAUAAAUAGACGAAAACACCGAGAGACCAACCAGCAUGCCUUCCCCAUCGCCUUCGUCCCUUCGUUUCUGUCUCCAGUUUCUUCUCCUCCAGCGGUGCAACCCUUUCUUCCAUAGGCACUGUGAGCUCUGGAAAGCAAUAACAACACCUCCUCCAUCUGCACCAGCGGCGUUCACACCAGUUAGACCAACGAUGCAACUUCUUCUUCGCCAGCACAAUAAUCUCUUCACUGGCGCUUCUCAACAGCCCAGUCGUCUUGCACCGGCUACAACCGUGGGGGAAAAUGAGACAUGGGCAGCAACCAGUCGUCUCCCACUUCGCCUCCAGCCGCUGCCUCGCACGUCGCCUCUGGCAGUCACAAAGUUCAUUUCAUCCCUUCUCAACUUCAACUUGCAGAUGUCUUCACAAAAGGGUUACCAGUUGACCGUUUUGAAUGUCUUGUUUCCAAACUCGUCACCUAUUCGGUGUCUAGAUUGCGAGGGGAUGUUAGGCAAUUAUCGUAAUUAUGAUUAGUAACGGAUGGUUUAAAACCAAUGAAUGCCAGCAUAUAAUGCUUACAGCUGCUAUGCUAUUAUUAA